CUCUCCUCUCCUCAGCUCUGUCUCUCUGGGUGAAACCUCUUCUGCUAGAAUGAGGACUCUGUCUGCUCUGCUGAUGGUGCUGCUGCUCUGCUCUGUCCAGCAGGUCUGCAGUGGUACUGUAGGCAUCAGCAGCAUCCCAAAAAAGUGCUGUUUCACGUUUAUGAAAGUAAAGAUCCCGUUAAGACGCAUCACCUCCUACAGCUGGACCAACAGCAACUGCCCUAAAGAAGCUGUUGUCUUUCACACGGUUAUCGGAAAGGAGUGGUGUGUGGAUCCUAAAGUCUCUUGGGUUCAACAGCACAUGACAAAGCUAAAACCCCGGGUUCCUGAUCACACAAAGGCUAUUUAAUACAGUCGUUUGUCUAUAUAUCGCUGUUGUGAGAAGAAAA